CUUCCAAUCACCGUUUCGAGAUCGUCUUUUAGGGCUUCUGAUUUUGCGGACUGCAAAAUCCUCCUCUCCUAUCUGCCUCUGGAUUUCAAGUUUAAUCACUGCCCUUGCCAUUCCUGGAAAACGAUGCGGAUAGGGAUAUGGAUGGUGUUGGUGAAAUUGGGACUCGGGUAAGAAAGAUGCGAAUUUCAAACAACGGUAGGAGCUCCGCCGACGGGAAGUCGGCGGGAUCGGAGAUGUGUUUUGUGUUUGGAUGUCGGUUCCGCUCCCGAUCGGCAUUCGAUUCUUACUGUGCUGCUUGCGAGGCAUUCUCUGAACAACAGCUUACUUCGGAUCCAAUGGAGCUCAAGGUCGAGCUCCUUUGAUCAACACUCUCCUCCCUCUCUUUGACGCUUCUCUCUCUCUCUCCCUUGCUUUGUAGAGAAUUCUUUUCCUUUUUCCUUUGGUUCAAAAAUGGCGGUUGGUAAGUUGGAGGUGGACGACGGGGAGGUGGCAGAGAAGGAUCCUUCUGGUCGUUACGUACGGAUAUAAGGCAUUUGAUGAAGUUGAUGGAAUUGAAGUUGCAUGGAACCUAGUCAAUAUUGAAGAGGUACUGCAGUCACCAGAACAACUGGAAAGAUUAUAUUCUGAGGUUCAUCUUUUGAAGUCAUUAAAGCAUGAAAAUAUCAUCAAGUUCUUUUUCUCGUGGGUGGAUGACGAGAACAAGACUAUCAAUAUGAUAACGGAGUUAUUCACUUCUGGGAGUUUGAGACAAUACCGUAAGAAGCAUAAGCAUGUUGACAUCAAGGCCAUCAAGAACUGGGCAAGGCAGAUCCUUCGAGGUUUACACUAUUUGCAUAGUCACAAUCCUCCUAUCAUUCACCGGGAUUUGAAAUGCGACAACAUAUUUGUUAAUGGUAAUAAUGGAGAAGUGAAAAUUGGGGAUCUUGGAUUGGCGGCAGUCAUGCAGCAACCUACAGCUCGAAGUGUUAUUGGUACUCCCGAAUUCAUGGCUCCAGAGCUCUAUGAUGAAGAGUACAAUGAACUUGUUGACAUAUAUUCUUUUGGCAUGUGCAUAUUGGAGAUGGUCACGUGUGAAUAUCCAUAUAGUGAAUGCAGGAAUCCAGCACAAAUCUACAAGAAGGUCACCUCUGGUGUCAAGCCUGCCUCACUCUCUAUGGUGAGUGAUCCCCAAGUGAAGGAUUUCAUAGAGAAGUGUCUAGUUCCGGCGCCAAUGAGAUUGCCAGCUGCAGAGCUCCUGAAAGAUCCAUUCCUCAGGACUGAAAAUUCAAAGGAUCUCCAUUGUGAAUCUAUUCAGUUUCCUAAUCUCCUGACCAAAUCAGUUCGCCUGCCACAGCCAGAACCUCUUCCUAUGGACAUAGACACUUGUCACAAGAAGUAUUCUGUUGGUUCUUGUGCAAAAGAGUUAUCUGAAACUUCUCAACUUUCAACUCUAGAAUUCCAGUGCUUCACUGAGAGUAAGGAAUUCAGGUUGAGAGGGGAGAAUGUUUCUGAUAACUUGGUUUCAUUUAAUUUGCGUAUUGCAGAUUCAUGUGGUUGGGCAAAGAACGUUCAUUUCCCAUUCUUUCGUGAUUCUGAUACUGCAAUUUCAAUAGCACAAGAGAUGAUUGAACAAGUUGAUUUGUCAAAUGAAGAUGUGAACGUCAUUGCUGAGUUGAUUGAUAACAUGAUUGUCAAGUUCACAAGCAGCUGGAAUGCGUCACUUGAAAGUACUUUAAGUGAAGCAGAUGGAUUGCUCAUGCAUUCUUCUGUGGUGCAAAACAAUGGAGUCCCAUUGAACAAGGAAAACGCUUCUUCACGGUCUGGUAGCAUGAAUGACCACGAAACUCCUGAAUCAGACGGUUCAGAUAUAUCUGCCGAGUUUGGUGUCACGGUUGUCUCUGAUGGGAGUACUAACAAUGCUUUGGGAUUUUCUAAUCAUAGUCUAUAUGACUCUGCCAAGUUUUCUGAUCUCUCUUUGAUCGAUGCAAGCUCUGAUCCAUCUAUAUCUAUAAGUUUGUCCAGCAUCUGCUCUCUAUCCCUAGCGGACAAGGAUAAACACGACGAGCUAAAGCUGGAGCUUGAUGCAAUUGAUUCACAAUAUCACCAUUAUUUCGAAGAACUCUUGAAAAUGAGGGAGGCUGCGGUUGAAAAUGCCAAAAAGAGGUGGCAAACAAAGAAGAAAAUCUCUGCUAUAUGACUUGCUAGAUUUUCAUUCAGUAUAAGAGUUUCCUUUGCUCCAAUUGUUACUCUUUUUCUUUUUUUUUGGCAUUGGAGUAAGUUGAUUCAUAGGAAAAUUCAAUUCAUUUGCGUUCAUUCAACAAUCAAAUGUGAAUAUUUUUCUACUUCAAAAAUACUUGGUUCCUUUCCCUCUGUGAAAUCUUUAAACCUUGCAUUUGAAUUCAAGAUCAGAGAAUAGUAUUCAGUGACA